UCAUCGAUCUUUCCCGUGCCAUGGCCCAUGUGGUCCGUACACCGCUGGAAGCCAGGCAACUUGCCUCGCGUCCGAAGAGUUUGUGAACGGAGGUAUCAAAAGAAGCAGGGCGUAGACACCAAAAACCUGCCUUUCUUGGUGCACAGGACUCCCUCGGGGAAUUUACCAGUGUACGUGGAGCCAACACAGAAGGGUGAGAAGUUUACACGCAUCCGAAGGGUCUUUGGCGAUGCACAACAUUUGGCCAACGAGGUGAGCCGGCUCUGCGAGAGUUCGGCGCGCGUGGGCAGAGGUGGGCGCAAGGCGGUGGAGGUCUUAGGGGUCCACGAGAAAAGGAUCAAGGAGUGGCUUCAACAUCUGGGUCUAUGACAGGAGGACAGUGAUGGCAGACGUUUUUCAGCGGCACCAAGGUCGGCUUGGAGUCAGAGUCCAACGUGGCGCGACUGCUUGGAGUAGCAGUCACACGCGGGAAAUCCAUGCUGAGUUCGAUUGGGAUCUGCCAAUGGUUCGACUGGCUGAAGUGCAACUGUGCAGAAAA